CGGUUUUUAUAGAACGAACCAUUUCUCAUGAAACCACUCUGAAUGGCUUUGUUUCAGUCUUAACCACUUUUUUUUCACAUAAACUAAUAACAAAACAGAAUAAACAGAAGAACUAAAUAACUACUAAACUGGGCGUGCGCAGUCAGACUACUCAAUGGGGCACAUUAGAACGUAAACUGUAAACAUGACAGAAAGCUGCCGUUUUGUUAACUAAUGAAAAAACUAAAACGAAAUAACGUUCACGUUACAGUGAACGGACAAAACGUGCCUGCUGCCUGUUACUGAACAUUUCCUCAGACGCUUACGAUGUAAAAUACACUCAUAAAAUGACUCAACAAGAUUUCUCUGCCCAUAUUUCUCAGAAGUGUUGUACGAACACGAUGCUCUCUUUAUUCCCUUGUACAGACUUGACAGAAAGUCAGCUUAAUUCGCACAUUUCCAGUGAUUUUAAUUACAAUUCAAUUAUUCGCUCGAAUUUAACUAAGCAGCUCAUCUGGGUGGAAAGCUGACCGUUGACGCUAUGUCUCCUGUCCAGAAGGGGGCAGUGCAGCGCUGAGUUAACUCAGUUUGUCUUCCUCAACACGAGUGGAGCCAAACACAGCUUGUUGGAGUGUUUUGAGUUUCGAGAAGCGGUAAAAUGACCAAACUAGACCGUUUAAAUUCAUUCUUGUCCGAGCGACUAACGGCAGCGCUAAAUGAGAUAAUAUACACGGUAAGCAUGACGAUGAAGGAGUACGAGGAGGAAACGGCACGGAUACGUAAAGAAAACGACCACCUAAAGGAAAUGUUAACGCUAAAGGUUACAGCCUGCAGUGUUACAGAAGCAAGUCCUGGAGUGGUCAGCUCGGCUGUGGUCCCUCCCAUUCCGCAUGGACAAGAAGACUGCAACACAAGCUUGGAGCAGGAAUCAGAGGAAUCCGGGCCUCAGGAGAGUCAGAAUGGACACUGGGGACUGAAGGAAGAAAACUCCAACAUAAAAACAGAGCAGGCCUCUUACCAUGCAGAUGCUGGCUUUGAGCCGGAGGCCAGGCAGACAUAUGCGACUCAGCCAGACUACACUGUGGAGCCCCUCCAUUGUUCUGCUCAUUUAAACUCACAGGCUGUUGACCAAGAGAUGAUAGACUAUGAGUUCCCAGCAAAGAUCAAAGUAGAGUCAGGGAAUAAGCAUUCAGCAGACACGACGGACAGUGCAGAUGCAAGCACGCAGAGCUGGUCUCCGCACAACUGGGAUGUCCUUUCAGAAAAAAGUGACCGGGCUAGAGUACAACAAGCAUCCAUUCAGCCAUGCACAGUUGAAGGCGCUCACUCUGCAGAAUCUGCCUUCCAAAACAGGCCCGUAGAGUUUCGAGCAGCGUUCAGUUACUCAAACAGAAUUACCUGCCAUAACACACUCCACUGCACUAGCAGACACUGUGAAAUGCAGAAGAGGACCAUAGCAAAAUCUAGUCCUGUAUGGAAGUACUUCUCACUGAAGGAGGGAGACUGCAGUAAAGCGGUGUGUCUCAUGUGCAAGGCAGUGAUAUCACGUGGUGUUAAAGAGUACACAACAUCAGCACUGUUAAAACACCUCCGUAUGAAACAUGGGAAAUGUUGACGUUCAAGCUUUGUUUUUAGUUUAACUUUUUUUUUUUUUUUUUGAUGGAUUCCUGGAUUUAAUAUUGUUUUUUUUGCUUGUUUUUUUUUUAUCAGGCUUCAUUCAGUUUCAGACUCAACUUGAUGAUGUGGGUCAAGUCAGGCUCAGAGAGAAAGUUUCUGGUUUCACUAAAGCUCUACUUCAGGACAGGACCUUUUUUACCUGCUGUCAUUACUGGGUUAAAAAUGUUAGUAUUUCAAAAACUAUGACUAUCUCUAAUUUAAAACAAUUUACUAAGUUAUACAGUUUAUGCCAGAUUGCUUAAAGCUGCACUAUGUAAGAUUUUGUGUUAAAAUUGAAAGAAGUGUUGAAGAUGAUUGAGUCAGGAGUAAAAAACACACUAAGAUAUGGUACCUGUGCGCUGCAGCGAAUCUGACUUUACAGGCUGAUAUCACAUUCCUUUUUGUACCAUGUCUUUACUACUUAACAAACACAUAUAGGCUCAAAAUGAAUCUCUGGCUUUAUGUUUAGGUGUUAACUUUAAAACAAACAUACUAAUGAACAUAUGAGAAUAGCAUACAAUUCACUUACAUCCUUGGAAGACAGGUCCUUUACCAAGUUUUCUCUUUUACAACCAAUGUUACAGAAUCUGACUCCCCGUGUUGCAUGCAAUUCCACAUUUCCACCAGAUCCCCAGAGCUUACGUAGGGCAGCUUUAACAACUUCAAACAGUUUGGCCAGUUAGGUAUAAGUUUAGGUAUAAGUUUCCAUUACUUGGUAGCUACAUUAGUCUAGAAGCUCUAAAGAAGAAAUAGAAAAGCACCCAAUGUCUUGGGUGAACAAUUCCAACUUUGGGAAGAAGCAAAAAUGUUACAUUUGGUUUUCAAAGUGCUUUAAAGUGACGUGCAAAAAAAUGCUUUUUGAGGUACAAACAUUGUCACUGGGGUGGUCCCCUUAAGGAUACAUCUUCUGUGUCUUUAAUAAGGGAACAUAACUGUACCAUAUUUCAUUGGAGUUAUGCUUUUAAGUUUCAUUGACUCCAUACACUACGUCUUGGCUCCAAGCCUUUUUAUUUUAUUUUUUUUACUUAAAACAAAGUUAUUAAAAGGUACAAAUAUUACCUUUUGCUCUGGUAAAGAGGAUGUAGUGUGCCUUUAACAUUCAUUCGCGUUACACAAUUGGACCUUGUUUUUAAGGGUACUUUUACAUUGGGGGACUAAAAUUUACCUGGACAUUAUUAGACUAGAUGGACUGCAUUCAUUUUAUUUAUGCAGUCAUAAUGUCUGGUACCCAACCUUUUCAUAGCAUGUGGGAUUUGUGAGGUAUUUACAUCACACAGUGGUCACUCAGGCACAAAUAUGUUUAUUCAAAUGUUUUCUAGAAAAAUCUAAAGUAAAAAUGCUGGUCUGGGAUUGUUUUUUAUCUCCAGUGUCUGGGUGAAUUCUAACAGGCUAAAGGGUGUAUGAAAAAAAGCAGCUACUUUAUUUUGUACCAAGUGCUAUGUUAUCAGAAUUACCUGAUGCUAAAUGAUUUAGCUUGAACAUUUACUAAUUACUUGUGAACUUUAUUUUGGGCUUUCUCUGUUGUUUAUACCUACUGUUGAGAUGUCAUAACCUCCUCAGUUACCAUAUUUGAAUCCAAACUGUGCUAAAAGUGAUAUUUUGUGUUUGUGUAGCAUUUGCAUUGGUCAGGUUCGUCUUUGUUAGAAAUGUUUUCUCAAAAUGUCACAAAGUCGUCUGAGGAGGCAUGAGUAAAAGAUUUAAUAAAAUGGCGCUGGGUAAUCUAUACUCCCAAUUUCUUCAGGUGUAUUGGCAGAAGGUAUGUCAGGAUUUGCUGAGUUGUAUAUGUUUGCACACAGAGAUGAACUGGGUUUCAUCGUGGCUAAAGGUUACAGCAGCCAACGCGCUCGUAAGACUGUAAAAUUAAUCCCCGUCUCACUUUCUAAAUGGCACAGCCGUCCUUUCUGUCAGCAGGUGAUAUUGAUUCACUUUCACCUGCUUCAUUCAGAAUGCACACACACAGACUAGUGACCUUAUGACUUUAUAGACUGACCACUCCUGACUAGGCUGUGCAUCUGUGCAUGUAUUGUACAAUUUAAAGGUGAUUAAUUAAAGGGCAAUUUCACUGA